UAAGGAAAAGGGGAAAGAUGGCGGCGCCCGGAGUUGGUGUGGAGGCGGAGGAGGAUGCGCCCGGCCUGGUCUUGGGGAGGCUGGAGGAGGAGGCGCGGCGGCGGCAGGAGAGGCUGCGGGCUCUGAGGCAGCGGACGCUGCAGAAUAAGGACAGUGGUGAAUGUGAGAACAAGCGUCCCAGAGAAGAUGAAGAAGAGGAGACCAUCAAGCACAAGGAGCUCAAACUGCGAAACUAUGAUCCUGAAGAUGAGGAGCUUAAGAAGAGGAAGAUGCCCCCAGCCAAGCCAGCCUCAGUGGAAGAUAAGGUGAAGGACCAGCUGGAGGCUGCCAAGCCAGAGCCCAUCAUCGACGAGGUGGAUCUGGCAAACCUGGCCCCCAGGAAACCAGACUGGGAUUUGAAGCGAGAUGUAGCCAAGAAACUGGAGAAGCUGGAGAAGAGGACGCAGAGAGCCAUUGCUGAGCUCAUAAGAGAGCGGUUGAAAGGGCAGGAGGAGGAGCUGGCAUCUGCUGUCGGGUCAGCAAAGCAGGAGGGAAGUGACUCUGACUAAGGAGGUCAAUCGGGCAGCCUCGGGCUUGGGAUCUGCCAGCAAUGCGAAUCCUGUUGCUCUCCGGUAGAGACACCUUGCUGGGACAUGCUGCUCACCAGCCCUUAGAGACCCAGAGCCAUGACUAUUUUCCGGAGGACUGGUUCUCUUCUUCCUGCACAAAGAUGCCUUUUUCAAGGUGUUUUUUUCUGUGGAAGAGCUGGUGUUAACUGCCAGGUGGGGAACAAAGGGUGAUCUUCUCUAGAGAGCUGGCUGUGUGUAUUUGUUAACAUCCAUGGUCAGACCCAACAUGUGCAGGAUAUCUAUCCUGGAAGUGACUGAGUGGCUUGGGACCCCAUCACUGCUUGAUGUUAACUUGCGAUUUGUUCUGUUCCUUGAAGUUUCCCGACCCUGCUGGCUGCGCAGUGUGUCUGUGUAUAUACAUCACUUCUAUAUAUUUUGUAAUUGACAAAAUUUGUUGUUAACAAAUCUUUUAAUAAUAAAACAGUCCCACAGUG